AUGCAGUUCACCACCGUCCUUCUGGCUAUUCUGGCUCUUUUGGCCGUCGGAUUCGCUCCAACGAACGCCGAGACUUGCCGCAGAACGAAGUGCCACACUCACAGUUCCCAGAACGAAUGCGAAGGUCCGAUUCCUCAAAUAUGAGAGUUGUAAUCAUUACUUGCAGGAGAUGAGCACGUCGGAAACUGGGGCUACUGCUGGGGCGUCGCUGGAAAAAUGGGAGAGCUGCUGCAAAAAAACUGA